UUAGUUCAGUCAGUUCACCGACCGGAUAUGGUGUGACGUAGAAACGUCAGUGUUCGAAGCAAAGCGGGAAGCCACAUUCAGAUUUUCCAACGAAUCCCUCCUUUAUGACACAAACAAGAGUUAAUUAAGAUUAAGUUUCGUUCAAACUAGGUUUCCCUGCAUUAAAUCUCGGAGCUGCAAGACUUCUCAGGUAGUUUCCUCAAAUACCGAGGUGAAGGAGGACAAAUAGUGAAAUGUUUAGACAAGGCAAGCGACUCGACAGUUAGUGAACAAACUUUGUCUACGUCCUGCUGUAUGCAGUUUUAUAAUUGGCCUUAUCUUAAUAGUGUAUUGAAAUGCUCUCGUUUAUGUGAUAAUGCAGUGUUAUGAACACCAUCCCUGGAGUGGGUAGACUGGGCUGCCUGUAGAAUGCAACUGUAGUGUUCUGAGUGUCAGUGUUCUGAGUGCAGAGUGAACGACAGCGGAGCGCGAAUAUGAACUCUGUAGGGGGGCAAGAUGAAUCCAAGAUGCUAUCUACCAACCUAUGUUUUGGACAGCAACCGUACACGGCAGAGGAGUACCAGGCGGUCCAGAAUGCGUUGCGACAGAAACUUGGCCCUGAAUACAUCAGCUCUCGUAUGGCUGGUGGCGGACAAAAGGUGUGCUACAUUGAGGGCCAUAAAGUCAUUAGUCUUGCCAAUGAGAUGUUCGGGUACAAUGGCUGGGGUCACUCCAUCUCCCAGCAGACUGUUGACUUUGUGGACCUCAUCAAUGGGAAAUUCUAUGUUGGAGUUAGUGCUUUUGUGAAAGUACAGUUAAAGGAUGGGUCAUACCAUGAAGAUGUGGGAUAUGGGGUGAGUGAGGGACUGAAGUCUAAAGCACUGUCUCUGGAGAAGGCCAGGAAAGAAGCUGUUACUGAUGGACUGAAAAGAGCUCUCAAGUGCUUUGGCAAUGUUCUAGGAAACUGCAUCCACAACAAAGAGUACCUCAUGGCCAUCAACAAGAUUCCUAAACAACCCAUGCCACCUUUAGAUCCCGCUCUUACUAAGAGAUCUGACAGUGAACCAUCAGUGGAGAAGGCCAGGUAUGCCAGUCUGUUUCGCAGUGAUGGACCAUCAGUGGAGAGGGCCAGGUAUGCCAGUCUGGUUCGAGGUGAUGGACAGCAAGGGUGUGCUGGCAUAGCUGAGGAUCCUAUGAAGGAGCAGUGCUCUAAACAGCCAAGAGUUCAGCCGUUGUCAGAACCACAGGAUGACAAGAGAGAUGUCAGGAGAUCGCUAUCAUCAAACACUGAUCCAGGACACUCGGCUCUAGCAGACCCUGACAAGAGGCCCAACAGCAUAGGCAGGCCUUCAGUGGGAACGGUAAACCUGUCUCCAACAGACCAACAUGUAGACCCCAAGCAGCAGAGGAAGCUGAGGCAGCAGCAGCUGCAGCAGAGGUUUCGUGAGGAGAUGGAAGCUAAGAAGAUGCAGGAGCAGGGACCGCAGCACCAAAAUCCUCUUGGCGAGGAGCCUGGAGCUUCUCAUGUGCGGUCAGGCUCCGCCAUCCAGGAGACCAAUGGUCAACGCACACAUAACUUUGUGCAUGCAUUGAAGUUUGAGGACAAGUGCUUGGCUGAUGAUCCAGAGCUGUGGGAUUUCACCCUUGAUGGUAUUGACCUGUUGGAGCAACCUUCUCAUACUACAACCACAGACCCUUGUGGUGUGCAUGGGAUGACAACAAGGAGUAAAACCCCACAAAGAGCACCGUGCCUUCGGGCCCCAGUUCAACCUCAGGACAAUGGAGGGUACGCACAGUACGGGUCUCAUCAGUCCAUUCCAACAUUUAAUCAAACAGGCGAUGUAAGCCCACAAAGGCAAGGUCAAUUUAUUAAGAAACGGAGACUUAAUCCUUGAUGAGUUUAGAG